AUGGCCUCCGAGACUGCGCGCAACCUGUCGGUGUGCGAGCUCGGAGCCGGCGUUCGACACCCCUUCAACGCCGUUCUCACUCCAGAUGGUGAUGUCAUCUGCGUAGAAGGCAUGGCCGAGGCCAUUGAUCGUGCCGAGUUCACGCGACAGGAGCUGAAAGACCGGUUUCUUGUUCGAGGUGACUACAAUAUCAUCAUGGUAGACUGGGGCCGCAAGUCUCAAGACCUCUACGGCCGUGUGGUGAACCUGGUUGUUCCGGAGGUGGGACAGCAGCUGGCAGCCUUCAUUCAUGUCGUGCAGAACAUAACGGGGGCUAGCUGGAACAGCUUUCACCUGAUUGGCUGCAGCAUAGGAGCCCACGUCGCUGGCUUUGCCGGGAAGUAUCUCAACGGCCAAAUCGGACGUAUAACUGGCCUGGAUCCCGCCUCACCACGCUACAAGAAUCUUCCUCCGCAAAAAAGGCUGUCACGGACGGAUGCCCAGUUCGUGGAUGUCAUUCAUACAGACAUCUAUGGUGUGGUGCCAUUCGGAGGCUUCGGACUGAAGGAGCCGAUCGGCCACAUCGACUUCUUUCCCAACGGCGGUGACAGACAGCCAAACUGCUCCAGGGCGGAUCUUUUGUGCGAGCAUUUGCGCUCGUACGAUUACUACAUGGAGACGAUUGUGACAGCCGCACCUUGCGUCAUGGUGGGCUUCGUCUGUGCGGAUUGGUCUUCCUUUGUGGCUGGUCGCUGCACUGACUGCGGGGCACGCAACGACCUUUGCGUGCGGUUCGGAGAGCCCGCAGACCAACACCGGGAGCUACUGAGUGACACUUCACGGUCGCUGCUCGUAUACCUGCGUACAGCCGGCUACUACCCGUACUGCGUUUACCACUACGAGGUGAGGUUGGAGGUGAUAGCUGAUGUGGCCAGGCGGUACAGCCUGCACAACUCGUCG